AUGCCUGACUCACCAGGUGAUGACAAUAACGAUUCUAGAACAGCCUCGGUUGGUGCACAGCGCAAUCGUGCCACCAGCACCAAUGGCUCGCGACAGAGCUCCAUAGACAGCAAUUCGCACCCCAGGAAAAGACAACGAAGGAAUGGAAAGGGGGAGCCCACAGAUGCGCGCGACUUUGUCCCUCAAGGUGCCACCUUCAGCGCAAACACAUUAGAGGUCGACCCGGAUAGUACGUCCAGCUCUGGCUCCUCAAGCAGCGAUGAUGAAUCCAAUUCCUCGGAUGAUGGAAACGAGGCUUCCUCUCAGGCUGGGCCCCAAUCCGCAGCGGCUCCCAACUGGAAUAAGGCCAGUAAAAGUACCAUCAGGACUUCACUGAACAAACGGGGAAACAAGGCAAAUGAGGGCGAACAUGAUUCUCGGUUUGAUGCGGUCAAUGAUAAAUACUGGCGCAGUCGCAGCGAAUCUGUUUCGAAUGGUGGCGACAACGAUAAUGUGUCACAGACCAACAGUGAUGGUGCCUCAGAAGAGGGAGAAGUACAGGAAGAUGAUUCUUCUGACUCUAGCCGAAUGCAUCUAUCGGGGGACUCCGACGAUUCAUCCCUGGACUCAGAGGCCGACGACUCGAUACUAUUGAAUAUCAAUGCCCGUGGUCAGACACAGAACGCUAGUCAGAAACAAAACGGGGUGCAGGACGAUGAUUACGAUCCAGAGUCUCUUCCGGUUUCUCAAAGUAUUACCAAUGGACAUACCUUUGGCGGGGCCGCAGAUGGUUCUCCGACGACUUCGAAGGAGGAGGCAUUCCGUCACUUUGCCCAGAAAUACCCCACAAACCCCGAGACACUUGCUGAUCUUAAUCGUGAAGAUAUGGAUGCCCAAGCGAAGUAUGUCUUCUACGAUCGCGAGAUUAAUGACAUAAACCUGCAAUUACCAGUAGCCUGCAUUGAAUGCAUGCGGGAGGGCCAUCUUGCUGAAGUGUGUCCAUACAAAGAGGUGCGUUCUGAAACUACCAACCCGCUUUUCCAGGGAGCUUGCUGCACUGCAUCGGACACAGUGGGUACUGACCGCUUAUAG